CACCAAAAUCGUGGGAAGACGCUCGUCACUAAGCUCGCCUUUCGACUUCCAACUUGGCGAGCCUCACAUUGUAGGCCAUCCUUCUUAUCCUCCAUCAUCGUUGCUCGCAGUGAGCAGCUGUGGUAGGAAUUUAGAUCCGAAUCUCAAAAAAACUUGGUGUUUUAAAUUUCAUCGAAUCACACUCUUUUACUCUGUUUCUCUUUUCUGCUUCUCUCUGCAGAUCAUGUUCUUAGAUACCAGACAAUGUGUCACUUGUCCUACAGCUCCCCCAUCAUGCACUUGUUCAGCCGAUCAGAGCUGCAUCCAGAUAACUAGAACUUGCAACGUCUGCCCAUCAUUUACUUGCCAGGCAAAGACCACAGCAACAUCUAAUAGUAAUGGGGGUGUCAGCUCAGGCGCACUCGCAGGCGCAAUCGUCGCCAUCGUUCUGGUCCUUCUAGGGGCUUUGGUACUCUAUUUCUGGUACCGUCGUCGUGCGAGUGCCCGCAAGGUCUUGGAGCAGGCUCAGGAAGCCAAGGACGAAGCUCCCGCCUCUGCAGAAGCAGUUCUGAAUCGCCCAGAUCCCACUGAAAAGCCGCAGCCACCGAUGCCUUCCGAGCCCAAUACCGUUAGAGUUUUCAUUUCAUCUUCGGACAGUGUCAUCGACCUCGAUCCCCAGUCUCGGGGUGCAUCUGCAACCGGCACCGCCUCUCUCAAUGCCCAUACCACUCAACCUAAUCCCUUUGACGAUGGCAAUUCUAUACAGACUACGUCGACGGGUACAAAUGGCACAAAUGUUAUCCCUAUUGCUCUUGUAUCCCCCGGCUCUGCGUCAACUGAUUCCGUGACACCUUCAUGGCCAGGAUCUGCUGCAGCUUCUUCUCCCGUCCGACCCGCUCGGGCACCCGACCUUUCCUUGAAUGACAAUGCUUCUGCAGUGUCUGACGAAUCUUUGCGUGGUCCAAACCCGCGUUACACACAGAGUCAGCGCUCAGGAACAUCGAGGAUGUCUUAUAUGUCAAACGCCAGUUACUCCAGUGAUUUCCUCAAUGAAGCACCGAUGAUUGUCACCCAAACCCAAGGUGCCGUCAGGCAGGUCGUGGGAGUCGUCAAAGCAGAAGUUAUCCAGACCUCAGGUCCAUCUACACCUAUGUCAUCUCAUUUAUCCGUGAACAGCAUUCCGUCUGUUGCUUCUCGCCCUUCAAUUCGAUCCCCCCUUGCAGCCAGUUCUUUUGGCCCAGCUGAUGCCUUGGAUGAGACAGAGGAAGAGCAUAAUACAUCCCCACGUAGCGAUCCGUUCGGGGAUCAUCACGAAUUUGAGGUACACGGUGAUGUCUCAAACCAGUCGCGCCCAGUGUCGGUAGUCUCUCUCCAAUCACCCCGUCUCCCGUGGUCUACCAAUAAUAGAGAUAGUCGUCCAAUCAGCGUCAGCACUCAGGCCGGCUCCGUUAUAGAUAUCAGCAGUGCCACACGUGUUAAUAUCGGACUACUGUGCCCAUCGAACGUCGAGAAGUCGCCCAGGACAACUAUGGGGAGACUAAUUACACCGGCCUCGGUACAGUCCUCCCGCCAGCCAGCAUCCCUCGAGGAACAGCAGCAGUUAGCCUUGGCACAUGCACAUGCACAAGCUCGUGCGCAGGGCUUGGAUCGCAAGCGAGUCUCAGGCUCCUCGGUUGUUUCUGCCACCUCAACGCGAGCUGACUCUAUUCUCGAGUCAUUCCCCUUCGUCCCUCCUUCACCCAUUUCAUCGCUUCCUAUCCGUUCUCCGCCUCGUUCUCCUCUACAUCAACGAUUCUCUGCUACACAGUCGCAGCCUCCUGUCUUCGAGGCAGCAGCCCCUUCAUCAUCCUCUGCACAGGUGCAGGAUCCCACUCCUUCGGACGUUCCAGAAUCGGUAGAGACAUCACUGCCACCAUUAGACCCCCCUCCCAGCCGCCGAACUUUGGGGUUGUCCACAGUCUCUCAGGUUUCCACGGCGUCAUCUGGUCUUGGACCAUUCCCUUUCCAGAUUGAUUCUGGAAGCAGUGAUGGUAUCACACCACCAUCUGCUUUUCAAGGACGUCAAAGAGCCAGCUUGGACACGCUCGCACUGAUGAGCGAUUUAUCUUCCUAUCCUCUUAGCUACGAUCGGGAUGAAAGAGAAAGCUUUUCUCGCCAAAUUACUAAGGGUUGAAGAGCCAAUAUCCAUGUGCUCUCAAUAUGGAUGCCACUCUUCUGGAGCGCUUCGACCAGCUGGCCUGACGGGGUUGCAUUAGGGCUGUGUGUAUGAAUUGUUGUAUUCUGGACUUCUCUCCUAUGCUUGGUGUGGGUUUUGCUGCUCUCGUUAUCUUAUCUAGGUAGUGCUCCGACAGAUUUACUUGCGCAGUUCUGCUUCUUCGCUGAACUAUUUUCUUUCUACCUUGUCAAUUGAAGGAGUUUUAUUCUUUCGGCGUUGGUCAUUCGUUUUAUUUAUACAUCUUUAUGUUUUAGCUGCAAUAUUGGCUAAUCCCAUCUUGUGACAAAAUUGUCACAUUGCAAUAUCAAUCACACCUUGU